CAAACACAUGACCUUGAGAAGCCUUGUACAGUUGGCGUAAAUGGAUAGCGGCUGCAGACAGAUAUGUCUCAGUCGACCUCUGGCUCUCGUGACUGGAAGAUCCCUCCCCUCUUGUUUCGCCCAUCUUCAGCCGAUGACGUAGGUGCUAAGUCGAAGUCAAUAUGUUGACCUUCACCUUGGCAAAAAUUGUGGGCUUCAUUCCCUUGGCGUUAAUGCGUCUCCUGGUCCUGACGACGUUGAAGGAAGUCGGGAGGCAUGACUACGAUGCUUCGAAGCUCCUGAUGCAGCAUUAUGAUUUCGUCAUUGUCGGCGCAGGCUCGGCAGGGAGCGUGAUGGCCGCCCGUCUCUCUGAAGUGGCAGGAUGGAGGGUCCUGUUACUCGAAGCAGGGGGGACGCCGCCUCCGGAGAGCCACGUCCCGGCCUUCAACGGCGCUCUGUACCGAGGGGAGGCCGACUGGAAUUUCAUCACGACGCCGCAGCGAUACUCGUCGGGCAGUUUUAUCGAUAAUGCCACGCUCUACCCCCGAGGACGCACCCUGGGAGGAUCUUCAACUAUCAACUCCAUGAUAUACGUCCGAGGAAACAGACGCGACUUCGACCACUGGGAGGAACUAGGGAAUCCUGGCUGGGACUUCAACACGGUGCUCAAGUACUUCAAGAAGUCGGAGGAUUUUCGGGGCUUCAAGAGGGCCGAUACAGACUAUUACCGUGGUUCCGGUGGACCUCAGACCGUGGAGCGAAAGCGUUGGAGUACACCUGUUCUCAAGAGUUUCCUGAAGGCUGGGAAACAACUUGGGUACAACAUUAUUGAUCCCAACGCCGCUGAGCAAAUAGGUUUCUCCGAGAUCGACCUGACAGCGAGGAAUGGCCAGCGUUGGUCCACGGCCGAGGCUUAUGUGAAACCCGCGGCCAAGACGAGACCGAAUCUGCACGUCCUUGUAGAUGCGCAAGUAACACAGGUUCUUUUCAACAGCAACAGGAAAGCUACUGGAGUAAAGUUUUUACAUCAUGGAAAGGUGAAAACAGCUCUUGCAUCUCGAGAAGUGAUCAUGUCAGCAGGUGCAAUUGGGUCACCUCACUUGCUUUUGCUUUCGGGAGUCGGUCCAGCCCAUCACCUGAAGGAGCAUGGCAUCCCCGUAGUUGUAGAUCUCCACGGCGUUGGGCAGAACCUUCAAGAUCACCCUAAUGUACCUGGACUCGCUUGGACUGUCACCAAAGGUUCUUCGUUCAACUACUUGUCCCUCGCCAAUCCCAAGCAUAUUUUGGAUUACGUCAAGAACAGACAAGGCCCCCUCACCUCGCCCGUGGGUACAGAGGGAAACGCAUGGCCACCUUCCCCCAUUGGAGAUCCAUACUGGCCCGAGUUACAGCUGGCCUUUGUCUCAGGAACCCCGGCGACAGAUUACGGCCUCAUUGUUCCAGGAACCUUUCGAUUCAGGCAGGAGCUGUUCAUGAAUUUCUACAAACCGAUCCUUGGCCAAGAAGGUUUCUCCCUCGUGCCCCUCAUCGCCCGUCCGAAGAGCAGGGGGUCAGUCACUCUUCGGUCACGUGACCCUCUGGACGACCCGCUCAUAGACACCAACUUCCUCGCUCAUCCUGACGAUGCUGCUAUUCUUGUUAGAGGAGUAAAAUUCGCACUGGAAGUGGGAUCGGCGCCAGCACUGAGGCAAGAACACGGGGCCAAAUUCCAUGAUAAGGUGUUGCCAGAAUGCGCGUACAACAAACCCUACACUGACGCGUACUGGGAGUGUUAUGUCCGGUAUUUCACCCACACUUCGUACCACCCCGCUGGAACGUGCAAAAUGGGGCCCGAAUCUGACCCUUACAGCGUAGUGGAUCACAGACUUCGACUCCGGGGCGUGACCGGACUUCGUGUUGUGGAUGCCUCUAUCAUGCCCCUGGUGGUGUCGGGAAACACGAACGCAGCGGCCAUCAUGAUUGGCGAGCGAGCUGCCGAUCUCGUGAAGGAAGAUUGGGGCGUUCCUGUCUACGGAUAAGAACACGGGCUUAAGAACGAGAAGGAUGUAAGACUGGAUGGAUAUAUUAUUAGGAUGUGUCUAAGAAGUCAGCGGCUAGUAUCCAGUAAAAAAAUAUAUAAGUGGGUAGAUAUGGUAGGAUAAGGAUUUUCGUCUGAAAUAUGUUAAAAAUAAUAUAUUGAGGAUGAGGAAUUCUUGUGAAUGAGUAAGGGCAAAUAUAACAGCAAGGACAUAUGAGUAGAUGGCUAUUUCGGGAUGGAGAUAUGUGUCUGUUGACUCAAGGGGAAGGAGGUUGAAUAGAAUAUUAAAAAAAAAGACUUGGAUGUUCCUGUCGUGGAUUAAAGUAAGAACUGGCAUAAUGAUUAUACUAAGAUAUAGGCAUUAUUAUUAUUAUUAUCAUCAUCAUUAUUAUUAUCAUUGUUGUUGUUGUUACUUUAUGAAGAAAAAUUACAAGUCAGAUGUGGAGUUUGGAAAGUAUAGAAAAGGUGCCCAGAUAGUGUUACAACUAGUACCUUCACUACGGAAGGUAAAUGGGAAAAUUCGCAAAAGUAAUUACUGUGCGUAAUUAGCAUCUUGGAGAUUGAUGUGAAUAUAGCAAGCAGAAAAUUCAACACAAAUAAGUUGGUUAUGGAUAUAUAUAUAUA